UUUGAUUUUAAUUUAAAGGCAUAAUUGCUUACGUUACAAAUACACACGAUGAUGUUCAUUCCCUCUAAAACAAUUCUAGUUCUUCCGUUGAACUAUUACCGAACCUCUCUCGUUCACAAUUUUCUUGCUGCUUCUCAUCUAAUCGGCAUCAAUUUAAUUUAUUGCAAUUUCAUUCAUUGAUUAAAAGUGUUGAUGGCUCUUCCAAGUGAAGAUUACGAUUACCUCUUAAAGGUUCUUUUGAUCGGCGACAGUGGUGUUGGAAAGAGUUCUCUUCUUGUACGAUUCUCUGAAGGAUCUUUUAGUACUAGUUAUCUUCCAACUAUGGGCAUCGAUUUUAGAAACAGAAACAUAGAGAUGCAUGGAAAACGAAUUAAGCUCCAAAUUUGGGAUACUGCAGGUCAAGAGCGAUUCCGAACAAUUACAAGAGCUUACUAUCGCGGUGCUAUGGGAAUAUUACUAGUCUAUGAUGUGACAAAUGAGUCUUCAUUUAACAAUAUUAGGAGUUGGAUGCUUAGCAUUGAGCAACAUGCUUCUGACAAUGUCAACAAAAUACUGGUUGGAAACAAAGCUGACAUGGGUGACAAUAAAAGAGCCGUGCCUACCUCCAAGGGCCAAGCACUAGCCAAUGAGUAUGGGAUCAAAUUUUUUGAAACAAGUGCAAAAACAAGUCGAAAUGUGGAAAAAGCUUUCUUCUCGAUUACAAGGGAUAUAAAACAAAGGCUUGAUGACACUGAAUCUAUGAAAAUGCCGGCAAGAAUUAAUAUUAGUAUCAACCAACAUGCACAAAAGUCGGCAUGCUGUGGUUGAUGAGGUAACAUUGAUGUUCAAGAUCAAGAAAGAAGGAGAAAAAAUAUGAAUGAUGAGAUUGAAGAUGUUUAACCUUGUCAUUCUUUCAUAAUUUAUUUUAUUUAUUUGUAUUUAGUUAAUCCAAAUGUAAAUGACAAUGUGACUAUGUUAUUGCCCCUUUUUCUUGGGAUGUAAUCUAAUAGUCAUUGAUUAUUUGAAGGGUUAAUUGUACUCGCAUUCUUUAGAAUUUGAUAUAAUUAUAUGAAACUUGUUAUUGUUUCAAUAAAGUACAAUAGUUAUUUUGUUUUU